AUGAGAAAUCCUAGCUGGGAGUCAUGUUGCAAGCAAGGACCAGUCCAGUUGCAACUAUUACCUGAUCCACCUGAGUACUUGAAGGACUUGCUCGAACGUACGGACACUCAAGGCAGUCACUUUAAGGACAACCUUCGCCAGUACAACGCUGCCUUUGCCUUUACUUCCAACAGCAGCAGCAACAGCAACAACAAUAACAAUAGAGGUGGAUUAAACGCCUUUCAGAUCCAUGGCGCACUUUGCCACCGUCAAGGCCCCUUGACUCCAGUUGAAGGCAGUGAGCCUUCCUAUGCCCAGCUGUAUAUAUUUGAUCCUUCCUAUGCCGCUGAAAGAAGACAAGCACGAAACAGCAACCUUGAUCCUGAGAUCAUUAGGGAGCUUUCGGUCAUGCUUGCCCAAUGUAACCCCUUUGCGCGUAUAUAUCGCCAUGCACACGAGAUAUUGAGCAACCAUGAGAGCAGCAACACUGUCAGUGAUGGUAAUGAUCAAAGAGAAGUCAGUGAUAGGCGUAUUCAGAAUUUUCCAACAAUGGAAGAGGUUGCUGCUGUUAUCCCUAUUGAGUAUAGUGAUAGAAGUUUUCGUGAUAUUGUUCUUACCUUGAGAAGCAAUAGCGGUCUUCGUCAAAACACUGGAUUUGAGCAACACUUUCAGCGUAUCAGCCAGGCGCAUGCUGCAUACAUGCCAACACACUAUGUGCUUUUAUUUCCUCAUGGAACAUAUGGAUGG